AAUAAACAAUACAAAAUUGACCGUUUUUAUCAAUUUAAUUUUUUUCUAUUUUAACAAAGCCAGUGUUUAUUUCAGUUUGCUCGGUAUAAAAAAGGUCAAAUGAGGAAGUGUGAGGAGCUGUUUCACUUCCUCCAUGAGCAUGUUACUUACCACCCACUUGUGGUAUAUUUCAAACGCGUUGGGAAGACCUAAAGUCUAUCUCCCAGACACAAGCCAAACAGCUUGAAGGAAAUGACAAUUCUGCGUCUGAAAGGACUGAAUGUACAGGCAGGUUUAGAGGAUAUUAGGAAAUUCUUCAAAUGCCUUUACAUUCCAGACGGUGGAGUGUGGAUCGUUGGCGGGAGCCUUGGAGAGGCCUUCAUUGCGUUUACAACAGAAAAAGAUGCCCAGCGCGCCAUGCGAUAUUCUGGAAAAGCACUCAAAGGAUCUAAGGUGAUCCUACGGAUCAGUAGUAUGGGUGAGCUGGAACACAAAUUAAAGGAAAGAAUGAAGAGGAAAGCAAAGGAAAAAGAGAAAGACAAUCAUAUAGCAGGGCAUUCUGUCAAAACACCAGAACCACGUCCACAUCCCAGACUGUCAUUACUGAAAACAUCAUUUAGUGAUCCCAAACCUGCAUAUUCCCCAUCUUCAGAACCUCGAUUACGUGAUCCCCGUAUUAAAAAUCUUACAGAGCCUGCGUCCCCAGAUGCCACGAAUGUUUCAACUUCAGAUGUAAACUCACUUGAUCCAAGUACAGCCUUUCUUCUUGGGAUUUGUACAGUUCUUCAAGGACUACAGACCAAACAUGAAAAUGGAAGCUCGCAAGCAGAAAAUAAUUUUCCCACAAAUGAAUCUCCAUCUGGGACAUAUGAAACGGUGAUGAAAGCAGAAGAUUUAUGUCAGAACACACAGCCUGGUUACGUCCGGCUUUUUGGUCUACCGGCAUCAACCACAAAAGAGGACAUAUGCCAAUUUUUCAGAAGCAUGACUGUACAAGAAGUCAUCCUGAAUGUGAAGCUGGGACUUAAGUAUGGCUGCCUUGUAAAGUUUGCAAACACACAAGAUGCACAUGACGCACUUUACUUUAACGGGCGCUUACUGGGUCUGGCCUGUGUGGAAGUACGUGCCGCUACUGAAAAGCUUUGGACCAGUGUGUUGCAAGAAUGUGACAAUGCAUUUCAUCAUGAAGGCAAUAAAGAAAAAUACUCCAAGACUUGCCAGGACAUUGAAAAUGACAAACUAAUGUCUACUUCUCCUUUGCAUAUUGAAAGCAGUUCUUUUAAACGGCUGCCACAUAGUCCAAGAAAAACAAAGUCUUUACUGACAAGCAAGUAUGUUGUCAUGGCCAGAAACCUACCAAAAAACAUGACCAAAACUGAGAUAAAAGAACUGUUUGCAUGUCCUGACAUUGCUCACAACAAUAUACAGAUUCUACUUGAUAAGAAAGGCAACAGAACUGACACAGCUUUUCUUAUUUUUAACUGCAUUGAGGAUUAUGAAUAUGCAAUUGACCUCUCUGGAUGCCACGUCGGAUCUGGCACCAUUCAAGUCUCAUCAGUCACUGAAGAGAAGAUGAGGAAUAUGAUGACCUAAAUCCCAAUCCUGGGGACAUGAGGAACCCAAUAGAGAAAUCUCAACUUGACUGAAAAACAUACAAUCGACAUGGAAAUGCAAAUGUGCCUUUACACGAGAAAAUGUGGGCGCAGACGCAAGGAUCUAAUCUUAAGAUUUGAAAAGGAUAUAGUUUUACUACUGAACAUCAAUGAAAACAGUAUUGGUGAGGCCGUGUUUCUGUUUACGUUUGAUAAACGGUCUGCUCUGGUGCAUGGGUUUACAGUAAUGGUCAGAACCUCUUGAGGAUAAAGGCCAUUCUCACCAAAUUAAAUGCAGCAGGACAACAUUUCCAAGAAGCAUUAAACAAACCUGAACCUCUGAUCGUUCAUCGCAAAACACAAUGACAUUGAUUCUGAUUAGAACAAUCUUUUAUGGAUUUUCUCAGAACCAGUGGUGUGAUACUUUUAUUCUUUCCAGUUUGGGUUGAGCUGUGCUUCUAAACAUUUUAUUUCAAGUUAAUAUUUAAACAUUGUUUUGUGCAACAUUUGUUGGAAAAGGAACAAUUUCAACUUAAAGAGAAUGACUGCAGUCAGUGUUGAAAAUAUAUUAAAUUGCACAAUUAAAUAAAUCUAGGUUUCCAAACAAACCGGUUUUUCCCCUCAAUCUUUAAUAGGACUGGACCUUAAAAGGAUUAAACAAAGUGAGAAAAAAUGGUUGCAAACAAGAAGUAA